GGAUUUAUGUUCAAGAAAUUAUACAAAAAAGGAAAACAAUGUGAAGCAGGGUGGCCAUGCUGUCGUCCCAAUUCAAUUUGCAACAAGGAUGGACUCUGCGAAACAGAAAAAGGUUUGAAUGAAAUAGAACUUCAUGGAAAGUUUCCAUGUAAAAAAAGUGCUCUUGAUGCUAUGAAUAAAUUCCGAAUUCAACUUGCUGCCGGAAAUAUUUCGGCCAAAAAUGGAAAUUUUCCAAUGGGAAAAGAAAUUUACAAAUUGAGAUGGAACUGCACUUUACAAGCUUUGGCUCAACAGGUAGCAACAGAGUGCGAAUAUACUUUACCACGUAUGGAUCCAUCGGAUAUUGGUGAAGUCUAUCUGGUCUUAAACAAUUCUUCAAGUAAAUCUGAACAAAAUUUUCAAAAAAAUUGGGAAAUGAUGAAAAGAAUGAAAUGUGCAUAG